AUGCCUGGCCUGACCUCUGGUGCCAAGCCUCGACCGCAGAUCGUAGUCGGCAUAGAUGUUGGACAGACAUGCUCUGGUGUGGCCUACUCCAUCGGUCCAGAUUGGAGUGAGCCAAAAGUGAUCAAUCGGUGGCCUGGCUACCAUGGCGUUGAGCGAGCUGACAAAGUCGCGACUCGCGUUGGGUACCGCAAGGGAACCAAUGUCGUUAAGAACUGGGGCUUCGAAUCCACAUUCGGAGACGAAAGCAUAGAUCUGCGCGAACAAUUCAAGCUCACUCUGGACGCCGAAUAUGAGGAUGACCGAGGGUUCAGUUGCCAAGACGCAAGGCGAUGGUACCUGGACUACCUUCGUUGUCUGCAUGGCGAGAUCAAGAGAUUCUUCGACGAGCAAGUUCCACGCUGGGAAUCCAUGCACAUUGAGUACAAUUUCAGUGUGCCAACCACGUGGAAGAAUCCGGCGAUGAUUGCCAGCAUGGAAAAGCUCAUCGAGACGGCCGGAUUUGGCGGCACGCCCCGCCAGAGUGUUCGUAUGUCCCUCACGGAAGCUGAAGCAGCAGCCAUUGAAGCUGCCACAACCCAAUACCAGGUUGGCGACAUUUUCCUCAUCUGUGAUGCCGGUGGCGGUACAACAGAUGUCAACCUCUUGAAAGUGAUGUCCACCAAACAGAAAAUUGAGCUCAAUCCUUUGGAUCACGUGGAGGGCGUUCCAAUAGGCUCAACUCUGAUCGAUUUUCGCAUGGCAGAGUACAUUGUUGAACGCCUCAAACUCAUUGAAGAGCACCUGGAAGGAGACCUUUACUGUCUUGCCGAGGAGAUGCUUAGCGGACGAUUCCAGAUCGUGAAGCACUCUUUCCCCAAACCAAUGGUUCCACAUUUCACUCUCGAAGUGAAGGGUCUCGCUGGCUCUCAUGCCUUUGAACAGGCGGGCAUCAAGAACUCAAAGAUGCAUAUUGAUCGAGAAGUUUUGACUGAAAUUUUCGACCAACAGCUCGAACAGAUCUACGGCCUGAUUGACGAUCGCUUCUUAGCGCUCGAGGCUGAGAUGCCUAACGAGCGAGUGUCAUAUGUCAUCAUGUCUGGAGGCCUUGGAAGCUCACAAUAUCUGUUUGAGAAGAUGAAGGAUCGCUACGAGCUGAACAUGGGAUUCAGUUCGAAGACCACGGCCAGAACCAGAAUUAUGAGAGUCCUAGAACCGCAGUUAGCAGUCGUGCGAGGACUUGUCAGAGAACGUACGCAGCAACUUGGUGUUGAUACCAAGAUUGGCCAAGAAGUUUUCACGGCCCGACGGUGUCGAAAUAGCUAUGGUAUCAUAGUCAACGUGCCAUUCGACGAAACCAAACACGCGGGACUCCCGAAGACAUGGAACCCGAACACCAACCGAUUUUACGUUCCAAACUGUAUUGAGUGGUUCAUUAGACAGGGUCAAGCACUUGAUACCACGCUUGGUGCGCGCCAGAACUACUCCAUCACACUUUCUGAAGAGGAGCACAAGAAUCCACGCACGGCUCGGAUCGUCAUGUCCAGUCUAGCAGCCAAAUCGCUCCCCACGAGAUACCCGCAUGCCGGAUGCAAGGAAGUUGCCAGGGUCCAGUAUACCUUGACAGAGAACGACAUGAAGUUGAAGAACCGCCAGAUGUGGAAGCUAAAGAAGAAGUACUGGCGAGCGGAAUUCGCUUUCGUGGUCAACCUUGGACCAGCUGAUCUCAAGUUCCAGAUUAUAGGGACGAAUGGCCUGCUGAGUUCCGACCAUGAUGCCCUUACAAUCGAGUUUAUGGAUCCAUCAGAACAAUUGCCCUCUCCGGCGUCGCCUUCAAACGGACGAAGAUCUAUGCCAACACAAAAAUCGCCCACGGCUAGACAGACUGGCGCACGUUAUGCAUAA